GCGCAGGCUGCCGGGCCCGGGGCGGCCGCGGUGGGAAGCCAAGGCGCGCGGGAGCCGCGGAGGGACCGCCCGCAGCCCGGAGGCGAGGACCCGGGCUGGGUUUUCCUUACCCCGGUCCCUUCUUAUCUCAUAAUUUCAAUGUCCUGAAAUCUGAGGAUUCCACCAAGAUAAUAUGAUAGGAACUUUCAGUGGUUUGGAGCCAUAUCCUACUUAGACUAAUGCGGGCCUUCCAGGUUUCCUAAGAGCUUGUACAGCAGCAGCGCACACUGCUUGUUAAUCGGCACAGGCAAGAAUGCCAUCUUUGCCUCAAGAAAGAGUUAUUCAGGGACCCUCUCCCCUGGAUGUGAAUACAGAAUUGCCUUAUCAAAGCACGAUGAAAAGGAAAGUCAGAAAGAAGAAAAAGAAGGGAACCAUUACAGCAAAUGUUGCUGGGACAAAGUUUGAAAUUGUUCGUUUAGUAAUAGAUGAAAUGGGAUUUAUGAAAACGCCAGAUGAGGAUGAAACAAGUAACCUUAUAUGGUGUGAUUCAGCUGUUCAGCAGGAGAAGAUUGCAGAGCUGCAAAAUUACCAGAGGAUCAACCAUUUUCCAGGAAUGGGGGAGAUCUGUAGGAAGGAUUUCCUAGCAAGAAAUAUGACCAAAAUGAUCAAGUCCCGGCCUCUGGAUUAUACCUUUGUUCCUCGAACAUGGAUCUUCCCUGCUGAAUAUACACAAUUUCAGAAUUAUAUGAAAGAAUUAAAGAAAAAAAGAAAGCAGAAGACUUUUAUAGUAAAACCAGCUAAUGGUGCAAUGGGUCAUGGGAUUUCUUUGAUAAGAAAUGGUGACAAACUUCCAUCUCAGGAUCAUUUGAUUGUUCAAGAAUACAUUGAAAAGCCUUUCCUAAUGGAAGGUUACAAGUUUGAUUUACGAAUUUAUAUUCUGGUAACAUCGUGUGAUCCACUAAAAAUAUUUCUCUACCAUGAUGGACUUGUGCGAAUGGGAACAGAGAAGUACAUUCCACCUAAUGAGACCAAUUUGACCCAGUUAUUCAUGCAUCUGACAAACUACUCUGUGAACAAGCACAAUGAACAUUUUGAAAGGGAUGAAACUGAAAACAAAGGCAGCAAACGUUCCAUCAAAUGGUUUACAGAAUUCCUACAAGCAAAUCAACAUGAUGUUGCUAAGUUUUGGAGUGAUAUUUCAGAAUUGGUGGUAAAGACUCUGAUUGUAGCAGAACCUCAUGUCCUGCAUGCAUAUCGAAUGUGCAGACCUGGUCAACCUCCAGGAAGUGAAAGUGUCUGCUUCGAAGUCCUGGGAUUUGAUAUUUUGUUGGAUAGAAAACUAAAGCCAUGGCUUCUGGAGAUCAAUCGAGCUCCAAGCUUUGGAACUGAUCAGAAAAUAGACUAUGAUGUAAAAAGGGGAGUGCUGCUAAAUGCACUGAAGCUACUAAAUAUCAGGACCAGUGAUAAAAGGAGAAACUUGGCUAAACAAAAAGCUGAGGCUCAAAGGAGACUUUAUGGUCAAAAUUCAAUCAAAAGGCUUUUACCAGGUUCCUCAGACUCAGAACAGCAGAGACAUCAGUUGGAGAAGCGGAAAGAAGAGUUGAAGGAGAGACUCGCUCAGGUACGGAAGCAGAUCUUGAAAGAAGAACAUGAAAAUCGACACAUGGGGAAUUACAGGCGAAUUUAUCCUCCUGAAGAUAAAACACUACUUGAAAAGUAUGAAAAUUUGUUGGCUGUUGCCUUUCAGACCUUCCUUUCAGGAAGAGCAGCUUCAUUCCAGCGAGAGCUGAAUAAUCCUUUGAAAAGGAUGAAGGAGGAAGAUAUUUUGGAUCUUCUGGAACAAUGUGAAAUUGAUGACGAAAAGUUGAUGGGCAAAACUGCCAAGUCUCGAGGACCAAAGCCUCUGUCUUCCAUGCCCGAGAGUACCGAGAUCACAAAAAGACAGAAGUACUACAGCAGUGACAGCAGCUAUGGUAGUAGCAGCAGCUCAGAAUCAGAGGAAAAUGAAAAAGAAGAGUCCCAAAAUAAAAAAACAGAAAAUCAAGUUACAUAUAAUCUUAAACAGUCCAACCACUACAGAUUAAUCCAACCAUCCAGCUCCAUAAGGCGUUCAGUCAGUUGCCCUCGGUCCAUCUCUUCUCAAUCAUCAUCCAGUGCAGACAACCGCCCCUUUUCUGCUCAACAAGUGAUAUCAUCAUCCCGGUCAGCUUCAGGGUCUCGGUCACAUUCUUUAAACCGUGCUUCCUCCUACAUGAGGCAUCUGCCUCAAAGUAAUGAUGCCAGCUCUACUGACUCUCCGAUGAGUGAGUCUUUGCGGCAACUGAGACCAAAAGAACAAGAAGACGAUCUAACAAGUCAGACCUUAUUUGUUCUCAAGGACAUGAAGAUCCGGUUACCAGGAAAAUCAGAUGCAGAAUCAUUACUUCUGAUAGAAGAUAUCAUUGAUAACUGGAAGUAUCAUAAAACAAAAGUGGCUUCAUAUUGGCUCAUAAAAUUGGACUCUGUAAAGCAACGAAAAGUUUUGGACAUAGUAAAAACAAGUGUCCGUACAGUUCUUCCACGCAUCUGGAAGGUACCUGAUGUCGAGGAAGUAAAUUUAUAUCGGAUUUUCAACCGAGUUUUUAAUCGCUUACUCUGGAGUCAUGGCCAAGGACUGUGGAACUGUUUCUGUGAUUCAGGAUCCUCUUGGGAGAGUAUUUUCAGUAAAAGCCCAGAGGUGGUGACUCCUUUGCAGCUGCAAUGUUGCCAGCGCCUGGUCGAGCUUUGUAAACAGUGCCUGCUAGUGGUUUACAAAUACGCAACUGACUCAAGAGGAUCACUCUCAGGCAUUGGUACCAAUUGGGGUAAUUCCAGGUAUUUACUACCAGGAAGUACACAAUUCUUCAUGAGAACACCAACCUACAACUUGAAAUACAGUUCACCUGGAAUGGCUCGCUCCAAUGUUUUGUUUACAUCCCGCUAUUUCCAGUAAAUCGAGAAAUGGUCCCAAAGCAGAAGGAGAACUGAGAGGGGCAAACUGGCCUGCUUUAAUUCACAAGCUGGAUAACUGGUAACCCAAAGUUGUAAGUUGAUAUAUUGUGCUUUUAAAGCCAUGUCCUGAGGCUGUAUUAGGAUAAAAUAGGUCCUUCCCUAAAUUAUUGAUGGCUACUUGAUUCUUUAUGACUACCUACCAUCCGUAUUCCAGUGGAUACUUUUCCUUGCUAAUUGCAUCCCAAAGAAGAGUUUGUUAUUGUCUUAGUGGGAAAAGAUGAUAAGGAUGUCAGGAUGAAGGAAAUUGCAGUGUAGCUCUGAGUGUUUAUGACGCCAUUUUGUGAAUUCUUAAAUAUGUUUAGAAAUUUUUGGAAUAAAUAAUGCAAAAAUUGGGAUAUUAACAAAAUUAUUAUAAGAAUGAUCAUCAAGUAGGCCUUUUCAUGGAGCAAUUUUAGUCAUUUUUCAUUGAAAUUCAUGAUUUGUUCAUGAAUGAUACACAAUUUCAAGUGUCUGAUAUAUGAUAUCAACCCAGUUUGUUGGCCACUCACUUGCAUUAGCUUAAAUCACAAUGGUGACUUAAUUUGCUAGAGUGGGUACUUUGGAAGUUCUUUUCUUAGUUGUAUAAAAGUGAAAAUUUUAUUUAAAACAAAAAAAGAAUGUCCAACAUGUCUCCCCCUGGGGAAAAAUAAAUACAAAAAAAGUAAAUUUAAAUGGAUGAAACUACCCAGUUAGUUACUGAUGAGCAAAUUUCAUUUUCAUUCCUCUAGCUACCUAAGUCUGCCUUUGUUUGAGUGCUAGAAUUUUAUUGCCCACAUUUGCCUCUUUAUCCUGAUCUAGUCUGAUAUGAUGAAGUUGUGAAUAAAAGCCAUGUGCUCAUUAUUUAUGUAUACUACCUGGUAUGCUGUGGACUACGGUUGUGUUAAUGCUUAUUCCCUAAUGAGAAACUAAGAAAAGAAGAUACAGUAAUAAACCUUGGAAGUCUUUAGAGGCCAUAGAAAUAUUUUAGUGAUAUAAAAUAUUCCUUAGUUUUUAUUAUAAAUUUUUUUUUCAUAGAGUUAAAAUGUAACAGUAUAAGUGAUAGUAUGGGUCUGACUCUCUCUCUUCUAGGAGAGAAAAUAACUUUAUCUGAAAAACUCAGAAGCUAUUCAAUCUUACCAAGAGAUUUUGAUAGGGAAUUUGGUUUACUUAUGAUGAAAGCAUAUUUUCAUUCUGUUAUUAAAAAAUAUAUCCCUGCUCAUUCUGUCACUGAUGCUUUCCAGAACUGUAUAUGUUUGGAAUGAUUCCAGAAUUGUACAAGAAGUAACCUUUUAAUGUUAAAUUAUCAUCUAUGAACAUUGUAUGAGAUUGCAGAUUAGUUUUCACUGUAAUAAUCCAGCAUUGUAAUAAUUACCAUUUGCUUUAUGUAUUCUGUUGAAGGAACUAUUUGUGAUUCAUAUUAUGAUUAUUAGCAACAAAUUUUAUUUCAUGUUGCAUGUGUAAAAAUGAAAUUAUAACAGGAUCAAAUAUGGAAAUGCCAAUGGUAACCUCUAUCAGAUGCAAAGAUCUAUACAGAUUUUUUCAUAUAUCUGAAUUAGGUCUAAAUACACAAAAUUUUUCUACUAAUUCCACCCCCCCAGAACUAAAAUGAACCAAACUCAAGCAAAAAACCCCAAUCUUUUCCUCAUCUAACAUUUACACACAGCUAGAUGAUAGUGGCUUCUAGACAUCAAGAAAAAGAUUUCAUUCUAAUUCUUUUUUUAAUUUGGA